CAGAGGCUGAUUUUGAAGAGAAGUGCACAUAUAUUGUAAAUGAUCAUCCGCUGGAUCCCAGUGCCGAUGGAGGCACCCUAACUCAGGCAGAGGCUUCCUUGCCAAGGAACUUGACUUUCAAAUAUGCAUCUAACUGCAAAGAGGUAAGCGGCAGUGCUCUGGGGAAGGUUGGAGUCAGACAAGCCAAAUCACAGCGCUUUGGAAAGCAUGUGCUCACCCUGUCUUUGAUUCUUUAGCAUACACACACACACACACCCUACCAACAACAACAAAUGCUGCCCGCUGGCCUUUCAUAUGCGACCCUAAUAACUCUUUUAAGAAACUGUGUGCUAGUCAUCUGUUGUGUAAUAUUUUCACUGAAAAUUGUAGCCAACCUAUCCCUGAAACUGGUUCUGUACCAAUUCGCAAACAGUUAAAUUUUCACACAAUUUGAACAGCAUCUGAAUAAGCAUAUUUAAACCGUGGGGUAGUUCUUUGUGCCAAUUUCUAGGCUGCUGUUUGCCAGGACCAUUCAUUGCCUCUGGCUCAGAGAUUAAAGUGCCUCGGUUGUCCAAUAAAUAGCUUUAAAAAAGUAAAGGGAAAAAAAAAAAACAAACAAAUUCCUGGAAAUGUGUUUAAUUAUUUCUUUUUGUUUUCCCUUUGGUUAUGAAAUUGCUUUAUUCUUUUCAUGAGCUUGUUGUAUUCCCAACUUCCUAAAUUCUUAAAAACUCUGGCAUGUCAGUUAAGGAAGUAAUGGUAGAACUGUAGCAAGUUUGACAGAAGUGUGGUCGUAGCUUAAAUUAACUUUUGUUUAUCUGGGACAGUAUCUUCACCGGUAGCUAGCCGUGCGAGUCUGUUCCAUCCUUGUCCCUGGAGUGGGUACAUUCUUUGUUGUUGUUUCAGAAGGGCUGGAAAGAAACAAGCCUGGAUGAGCAAUUUGGUUUUGUGUUUACUCCUUCGUAUAGAGUAGCUAUUAUAGCUAGGUGUGAUGUUCAGUAGCGUAACAAGCCAGGGGACAACCCUUCAUUUCUCCCUGUGCUGAGACUUGUGGUAGAGCAACUAUUACCUGUGCUUCUGCUUGGGCUAAACAUACUGACCACAGAGCUGAAAAGAAGAGGUACACUCAUCCAUGCCUAUCAAAUAUUUCCUUCCAGAGCAGGUACUUGUUUAAUCCUGUGUCCAGAAAUAGGGCCAGACCCCCAGCUGAAGGGUGUUGACACCAUGGAAUUUAGCUUAGCAGUGCCUAAUAGAGUGCCAAGUACAUUUGGUAAGAGGUUAAAGCUAAAUUCUCCUUAAAAUCACUCGAGCUUCCCAUCUGCCUUGCCCUGUCUUGCCCUGCAGAACUUUGGCACAGAAAGGUCAUGCUCCAGAAAAAAAUGUGUGAAACCUGGCUUUGUGUUAUUGCAUUGCUAGAUAGGUCUUAGUUUGGUGUGAAGAGGGAAAUAAAGCUGAGACUCUGCCAUGGGAUACAGGAGGAUUUCUUGACUGAAGGAUGAGCUUGCAGUGUGACAGCUCGGGUCGGUCCUUGGCUGCCGGAUGAUGACUGAUUGGCUGCUGAGGCUGCUUGCUCUCUCUGCCCCUGUAGAGUCCUAGUGCUGUGGCUGGAGACAUCCAGAGAGCUUUCAAAAUUCCCAACACUGUGUUUGGAAACACCAAGGUGUAAUUUCCUUAUUCCCUGGCUCAGGUCAGUGAAUCAGGAGGAUUGCUGCCAUCUCUAUAUAAGAGGUGGCGGGGGGGGAGAGAAGUUGAUGAAGGAUUGCUGGUUCUUUCUUGUAAAAUGUGACCCGUGCAGCUCCCUGCUAGUGGGAGUCUGAAUAUAGGACAUCCUCCUUUUGUUCUCCAAAGCUCCCCCCAGUCUUUCAUUUGUGCUGAAUUGCACCUACCCUAAGGAGCAAUAGGAGCUUUUAAACCCUGACUGUCUUUAAGGUAGCUCUGAAAGGAAGGGCCGAUAGGAUGUGCUCUUUUGCCCACCUUCUGUGAAGGCUACAUUCUGGUGAAUGUACCAACAGGUCUCUUUUGCUACUCGUCCACAGGGUGAAGUAGUUGUAGGUGGCGUAAUCUGCUUGUGUGCUAGGAACUUCUGACAUGAAACACUGUAUUUUUCUUCUGCCUGCCUUCCAAGUUCGAUUUUGUUUAGUGAGGUCAGGACUGGGUACAUGUGUUGCUUUUGCAUGUUGGUGUUUGUGGGUCAGUGAGGGAGCCCGAUUCUGGUAUUGACCUCAUGGAAAACCACUGGGGUCCUGACAGCUCGGGAGAGUGGGUUUUUUUCACUUGCAAAAGGAUGAGGUAAGACUUUGAGGGAUGCAUACGUGCGUGUUUGCCAGUGGGUUUCAGAUGUGAGCUGUCUUCAUUGUUAACUUUGGGGAGAGCUAUGGCUUCAUCUGGUUGAGAGUUUAAAAUGCUGAGUCAGUUUAUUGUCAAAAAAACAUUUAUAAUAUAUCGCUUGUGAAAUGCGGACUCUGUCAUGAUUAGAUCAUUAAAUCCUAGUUCUGUCACGAUUAGCAUUGUAUCUCUGGCUGGAGCAGGAAAAGUACUGCGUGCCUGCUUAGGAGGGAGGAAGUACAGCCGCUGCUGUUUGAGGAGGGCUGCUUUUUCUAUGUCUUCUCCUUGCAUGCUUUGUGAAGCUCCUCUUUAAAGGUUUAUGCAAUUUGCAAGGGAGCCCAUGACACGUCAUCAUACUCUUGUUUAUUCUUGGAUCUUGAUCAGGGACUUUUCUGAAGAACACAUUUUUUGCUGUGAGUUCACAGAAUGUGUCAGCAUUUUAAAAAAUGAAUUACUACUGCUCAUAACAUUUUAGGCUGUUAGAUUUACAUGAAGUCAUUUAUUUAUUUCUAUGCGUGAAUUAUUUAUCCUUUCCCCCAGUUUUGGCAAUUGUAAAAAAAUGAUGAAAUGUGGUGUCGGGCUUAUGCUCUGCAAGGCCAUAUGUGAAUGAACUUUUCAUGCAGACAUUCAACAAUAUUUUUUCAAUAAUCUUCCCUUUGGUCUUGGUGCUUAAAGCCCAAACAGCCCUUCUUGAUCUAAAAUGACAGUUACUCUGCUAUCUUGAAUAUUACUAGUAUCUCAUCCUGGUGUGUGAGCUUUGACAGAGGAAAACUAUUUUGGCAAAACACCUAUUACUGUUGCAUAUCUCUGAUAAGGCCAUUUCUUAGAGACGGACCCUGAAUCAGUGAUUUUGGUGAAAGCGGUGAGUUUGAGCCGUUAUGAACUGUGCCUCACUGACCUCAGACACUUGCUCUCCCCUAUUGCUUUUAUUUAUUUUUUAUGUGGUUGCUGAGGAAGCCAUCUGAAAGCAUUCUAUUUUGUGGCAUAACUUUUAGAAAACUGGUCACUGAACAAAGGGGUAAAAAAUACAUAACUAUAGAACUAGUAGCUAAAAAAAAUUAAAAUUAAUGUUAAUUCAGGACAUAUAACGGCCUGCCCUAUUCGCGUGUGGAGAAUACUGCUGUUUUAAUGAAGCCAAUAAGAGUUCGGUGUUUUGGUUUUUUAAAGCAGUUUAGUGGUCCUAUUGCAAAGUACCGUCCCCUUGCAGAAUUAGCAGGAGUCGUUGUUUUACUUCAGUGCCCUCUCCCCAAACAAAGAUGCAGGAGCGCUGAUCUUCCAAAGCGCCGUCUCAGAUCAGAUUUGGGACCGGAGCCCAGCCGCCUCAUGCCCGGGGGCCGCGGGCAGGCCGGGAUGCGCUGAGCGGGCCAGCCGGGCCCCCGGCGUGCCCGGCCCCCGGCGCCGCAUUAGGACCCUGGUCAGUUCCAGGGCCGCGGUCCCGGGCUGCCGCCGGCCCCGGGCUCCCCCCGCCGGGCCGCCCCGCCGGCGGCCUCGCUGUCCCUGCCGGCGCGCCCGGGCGCCGCUCGCAGCCGGCCCGCUCGGGCAGCGGGCUCCGGCUGACGCCGGGCUGCACCUUCCUGCUGGAAAUGCCGCUGUACUGAGAGGAGGGACGCGGCGGAGUGCUGGGAGCUUUGAAGGGAGAAGGGGUAAGCGCCUGUGGAGAGGAACGAGGGGGGGAAGCAGCCCGUGGCUGCCGUGCGGCGAGGUGCGGGCACCGCAGGCAGCGCCCGGGCGGCGGCGGCAGAAGGGCUCCGCUCCUGGGGAGCGCCCGCGGCCGGCUCCCCGCGGCGCCCGGGAAGGGCUCCCCGCCGGGCGGAGCGGCGCGCUGGAGGACACCUGGCGGACACAGCUCCGAAGUGCCGCUCUGGCACAGCCCUCUGGCAGCCCGCGGGCGGCUCACCCCCGGCUCCCGACCCGGAGCUGCGCCGCUGUCCUGCCUGCUAGCCCUCGGCAGCUCCCUGCUUGCUUCCUGGCCUCUUCUUAAGCCGCUCCCGCAGAGCUGCGGCGGGGCAGGAGCCCCUUCUGUCUACGGUAGGAGGGCUGCCGGCAGCCUGGAGCCAGGCUGCCUUGGCACUGCUGGCAGCCUUCUCCUGGAGGGUGCCCCUCAUCGAUCCUAGCUGAGCUUGUGAGGGAACAGUGGAGGCCGAGAAUCGCUGACCUGAGAGCCACCGUCAGCUAAAAGUCAUCUGGACAGCUUUAUAUCCUGGUUUAGCAAAACUUCAGUGUUGGCACGGGCAGAUGUGCAGAACCUCUUCUGCGAAGUUCUGAUGGGUACAGGCUGAGAAAUCAUCUUUACUUCUCCUCUGGCACAGCUAAACACAAACGCUGUCUAUAAGGUGGAUAUCAAAAAGUAUCUGCUGUGUCAGAGAGUGUUUCAAGUUGACUAGUUCAAGGAGUGAUUUCUAGAGAUUCUGAGAAUUUCAUUAAAGUCAUUUUAAUUAAGGCCAAGAUAUUUUUAAAACCAUGAAAAAUCUCAAGCUAUCAUGCAAUAAAACUGGUAGUGUGUACUUGUAGCUUGGUUGUGAACUUUUCUUGAGAGGGCAGAUGGAUGUAAAUUAAGAUAUAUAGGGAAAAUGAGAAGAACAUCUGCCUUUUUCAGCUCUCUAUGAGACAUGUACAAGCAAGACAAAAAUAAAACUGAGCCACUGAGCUUGUUUCAGCAUAUGGUAGGUGUAAGAAAAUUUCUGUAAGUCCCUCUUCUCUCUCUUCACUCCAGAUGCACAGAUCAAUGGAGCAUUUAACUACCUCUGCUGUUGAUGUUUUAAUUUUUUUUUCUUUGUAGUGUGCUGAAAACACAUGUUAAAAUGCAAACGAGUACAAACAGCCACCACGAACACCCAGCAAUCUGUUUCCAGGUGAUUCCUUGAAUCCAUGGCUGUUAUUUGGCCCCUUUAUUUUGACAUUUAACAGGAAAUUAUGCUAGGUGUUCAUUUUUUACUGAGAUUUUUAAUCUUGACCAGUACACAGGCAAGGAUUUCUUUGUCUGCCUCUCACAUAUUAAGGAUCACACAAUGUAAGAAAAUGUAGCAUGAGAAAAUCAGAAUAUGUGAAAAUCAGAAAAUCAGCUAAUUUGUGAAGUGCUGUCUACACACGGUCCAGGGUUUUUACCACCCUUUGCUCAGUAGCACUGUUAAAAGAAAUAGAAAAGCUCACUGAAGUGAGCUGUCUGUGGGGUCUGACAAGUGCUAAUCUGCUUUGGUAAGGACAUCGAUUCCUUGUGGGGUACAGACAGCAGUAAUCCCAGUUCUCAGUCUUCCUCAACUACUUCUGGUGUUCCUGUCUUGUUCUGAAAUCCUGGUGAGCAAAAAGACAAGUGGCAAGAUGUGUGGCAAGACAAGUGGAAAGAUGUUUAAUACAUUUUGCUAUGAGAGUUUAUAAUAUAUUUGGUUUUAAUACCAAAUUAAUGGGCUUUUUGCCUUCUUUUUUUUCUACUAUCCGAGCAGCAAGAUCAAUCUUGCAAAGGCUUGGGGUUUUUGGUUUACAAAAUCGCUGGUUUUCUAACAUUGUUUAGAUACAUUAAAUUUAAGAGGAUUGGUGAGAAACAGAGAGACAAAACCAAUAACUCAGCAGUGUUUUGCAAAGGGUUACUCCAAGGCACGUUCUUCUGAAUAAUGAUGAAUUGCUUCCUGAUUUGUGGUCAGUGACUUUUUUUGGUAUAAUUACUGUCAAGAAGGAAGCUGAACAACCAGAGUACAUUUCUUAGACCUAGCACAGUGGAGCAUUUUCUUCAAAAUCCUUACACCUUUUUUGACCAAACCCACUUAAUAUAUGUUACUGGAACUGAUGAUUCUUUUUUUGUACAAGAAAGAGACCUGUGAGUAUAUGUCCCAGAGCCAUUUCAUAUUCUGUUUUGUGUGCCACUGUAUGCUGGUCACUGGAGUGAUAAGCAAAGAGUACAUCCCAAAAGGAACACGCUUUGGACCCCUGGUAGGAGAGAUCUAUACCAGUGAUACAGUUCCCAAGAAUGCGAACAGAAAAUACUUUUGGCGGAUCUAUUCAAGUGGUGAACUUCACCACUUCAUUGAUGGAUUUAACGAGGACAAGAGCAACUGGAUGCGUUAUGUAAACCCUGGCUACUCUGUUCAGGAGCAGAACUUGGCUGCUUGUCAGAAUGGAAUGAACAUCUACUUCUAUACCAUCAAGCCCAUCCCUGCCAACCAAGAGCUGCUUGUGUGGUAUUGCCGAGACUUUGCAGAGAGGCUGCACUAUCCCCCCUCCAGAGAGCUGACAAUGAUGAACCUCACACAAACCCACAUUAAUCCAAAGCAGCACAGCGCUGAUAAAGAUGAGCUUUAUCAGAAAAGCGUCCCAAAGAAGGAGCACAGUGUGAAAGAAAUCCUGAAAAUGGAAUCCAAUCCUCCUAAAGGAAAAGACUUCUUUCAGACCAACAUUUCACCAGUUACUCCAGAAAAAGACUUGGACGAUUUACAUAAGAACUAUAGCCCGGAGAGGUGUUUCUUCCCUCGAGUUGUCUACCCGAUCCGACCUCACAUUCCUGAAGACUAUCUGAAAGCUUCCUUAGCAUAUGGCAUGGACAGACCCAGCUACAUUACUCACUCACCCAUCCAGGCAUCUACUACACCAAGUCCUUCUGGGAGGAGCAGCCCAGACCAAAGUUUAAAAAGUUCAAGCCCUCACAGUAGUCCAGGGGUCACUGUUUCGCCUCUGGCACCUCCUUCCCAAGAGCACAGAGAGCCAUACUCUUACUUGAACGGAUCAUAUGGCUCAGAAGGAUUGGGGUCUUAUCCUGGAUAUGCACCUCCUGGCCACCUCUCACCUGCCUUUCUACCGUCCUAUAACCCCCAUUACCCCAAAUUCCUGUUACCUCCGUUCAAUAUGAGCUGUAAUAACCUGAGCGCUUUGAACAAUAUCAACGGCAUCAACAAUUUCAAUCUCUUCCCAAGGAUGUACCCUCUUUACGGCAACCUGCUCAGUGGAGGUAGCCUUUCCCACCACAUGCUGAACCCCACCACGCUCCCCAGCUCAUUGCCCAGUGAAGGAGGCCGUCGACUGCUGCAGCCUGAUCACCCAAGAGACUUCCUCAUACCAGCACCCAACAGUGCCUUCUCUAUCACAGGCGCUGCUGCCAGCAUGAAGGACAAGCCAUGCAGCCCUACCAGUGGGUCCCCCACCGCUGGUACAGCAGCCAGUUCGGAACACAUAAUGCAACCUAAACCUACCUCAGUGGUGUUGGCUGCCACCGGUGGUGAAGAAGCCAUGAAUCUCAUUAAAAGUAAGAGGAAUGUGACCGGUUACAAAACCCUCCCAUACCCACUGAAAAAGCAGAAUGGGAAGAUCAAGUACGAAUGCAAUGUUUGCUCCAAGACCUUUGGCCAGCUCUCCAAUCUGAAGGUGCACCUCCGAGUACACAGUGGAGAGAGACCAUUUAAAUGCCAGACUUGCAAUAAGGGCUUCACACAGCUGGCUCACCUCCAGAAGCACUAUCUGGUACACACGGGAGAAAAACCCCAUGAGUGUCAGGUUUGUCACAAGCGGUUCAGCAGCACCAGCAAUCUCAAAACCCACCUGCGGCUCCACUCUGGAGAGAAGCCUUACCAGUGCAAGCUCUGCCCAGCCAAAUUCACCCAGUUUGUGCACCUGAAGCUGCACAAGCGUCUCCACACCCGGGAACGCCCCCAUAAAUGCAUCCACUGCCACAAGAGCUACAUUCACUUCUGCAGCCUCCAGGUCCACCUGAAGGGCAACUGCCCCUGCGCCCCGGCUUCCGGCCUCUCCACGGAGGACCUGAACCGAAUCAACGAGGAGAUCGAGAAGUUCGACAUCAGUGACAAUGCUGACAAGCUGGAAGAAGUGGAGGACAAUAUCGACUUAACAUCGAUCGUGGAGAAGGAUAUACUGACCAUGCUCAGGAGGGAAAUGGAAGGAGCUAACCUGAAAGUCUCCCUGCAGAGGAACCUGGGAAAUGGGCUUAUCUCCUCAGGAUGCAACCUUUACGAGUCGUCGGAUAUGUCAGUUAUGAAGUUGCCUCACGGUCACCCACUACCUCUGUUACCUGUAAAGGUCAAGCAAGAAACAGUUGAACCAAUGGACCCUUAAGACUUUUUGGCAAAGUGAUUUUUUUUAUUUAUGACUUGGCAAGUCAGGGUGCCUGUAGCAGUUGCUUGUACAUAGUUUCAAUGCUGCAAAGCAAUCUUGGCUUACAGUAGUUUCCCUACGCUCUCCAGCUGAAAGAAGGAACUCCAAAGUUACUGUUUUCUCAGGGCAUAAAAAGGGGCAAAGGACUCUGCAUUGCCUCGCCAGUUACAAAGAGACAAUCAUCUAUCCAUAAUUAUUUUUUCAAUGAUAGUACUUCAUAAUUUAUUAUGCAAUUAAUCAUUCUAAAAGCAAUAAUUAGGAAAAUGUUUACAAUGACUGGAAAAAUUCAUUGUAAUUUUUACUUUAAAUGUUUUUAUUUUUUGUUUUAUGGUCAUUCUUUGUAGAUAUUUUUUUUCUGCACAUCUGUUUUAAGAACCUAAGAUUAGGGUUUCAGUAAAUGUGUUUUAUGUACCAAUGUCUUUUAAACAAAUGUGGUUUUUCAUAUUGCCAAAGUUGGACAUGUGACAUACAGAAUCCUAGAUCUGUUGGUUUGAAAAAAAAUGCCAUGUACUUUCAUGAGCAAAUCACCCCACUGGGAAUUGAAAAGGAGAAAAAAAAAAAAAAGCAAACCAACAACCCAGAGUAGCAGCAAGCAGGGAAGAAACUUUUUCUCCUGCCUCUCUGAGGGGAGGAGAAAGAUUCUUCUACCUGCAGCUCUCCCUGGAACAGAUGUGGCACAGCAAACACCAACCUGCCAUGGACAAUACCACAGGUUUUUAGAACACAGCUCCAGCCCCACACAUUAUCAUGUAACUUUAAGACCAAAGGAACAUAUGAGCUUAAAGUGGCUUUUCCAAAAUAUAAUCUCACAUUCUUACAUUCUUUUGUUUCCAAAAGCAGUUUAAAAGCAAAGACACAAAUAUUAUUCUGCCUAAAAGGGGGGUUUGGGCAGAUUUCUUUCUUCUGUUUUUUGUUUUAUUUUGGGGUUUUUUUUGGCCAGAGCCUUCCAGGGAUAAAAAAAAAAAAAAGAUGGUCAUAUUCCCUGAGUAAGAAGGGGUUCAGUUUUACUUGUAUUUUUCUCUCCCACUUUGCCUGGGUAGAAGUGGGGAACAAAGUCCUUUCCUGGCACAUAAAUUUUUUUUUCUUCCUUCCUGUACGACUCAGAUUUUUCUCAGUAUUUGUGUUUGUACAUUUUGUGGUUAAUUUAAUUAAAGAAGAAAAGGGCAUUGCAAAGUUGUUGAACAACAAUUACCUCAGUGCUUGUGUCCAGUGGUGCAGACAAUGCUGUUUUACCUAAAUGCUUUGCUACUUUAGAGAAGAAACCAAAAUGUGCACAGGGAAAGAUAGAAUGCACGUCCUUUUAUCUUUUUGUUUUGCUAAGCCCAAAGAUGAUAUGGUGACGUUUGAGGUGUAGCAAAGAAUACAUGUAUAUUUAUAGAUAUAUUUAUACCACUAUACAAUAUAUGUAUAUGUAUAUAUAUUUAUACCACUUAAGUUGUGAGCCAAACUAUGUAAUAAAACCUAUUUUUCAUCUAAGUGUGAAAAUCAAAUGUUAUCCCAGUUUUGCAAAUAACCAAUGACCUCAAAACCAGAAGGUUGAACCAAGGCAUUUAUCACUUGCAAAUACACACGCACAGCUGAAGGCGAAGCUGGAACUUGCAAACACGUGAAUGACAUCAUCAUGCAUCCACGUGUGGCAUCUCAGUGAAUUUGGUGGGAAUUACCCUGUUUGCAGGCCAGGGCUCCUUCAGUCCCCUGCUCUCCUGGCAGUCUGCACUGGGGGGGGAAGGAGGCUGGUGGUCAGUCAACAGACAGCCAGAAAAUGUAAAUGAAAGAACUUGAAAAGAAGCCAGAUAUGACCCGUGCGUGCUGUGGUCACAAAUCACAGUAAGAGCAGGAUGGAAGUCAGGUGGGACAAAGCCCUCGUCUCAUUGUGCCCUGCCACUGACGAGUUGCAGUCAACUCACACGAACAUAAGUAGCAUUAUUACACACCUGCCUUCCAUGUAUCCCUUUUUGUCUGGUUAUGUUCUUAAAAAAAAUUAGAAGUCCACCUCAACAAUUCAGGAUUUGGUGGUCUUUUUUUUUUCAGCAAACUUCAUUUUAAUGCCUUCUGUUAAAAAAACAAACAAUCCUGAAAUACAAGUCUCUAAACACAGCUUUUGAAGGACUCCAGUUCAUUACAUUUCCACUCCUGCAAAUUGUGAGGCUGACAUCUUUUAAAUGUAGCAAUAGUUCAUAAAUAUAGUACUUAAUUGUAGGAUAAACCAAAGUAUCACUACUCUGUCACUGGACACACACUUUUCCUAUUAUUGCCUGUAGUGCUUUCUUGUAUUUGAUACAAAAUUUACAAGAAUUUAUAUGCAUCAGCUUUAAGAAUUGUUACUUCUCUUUACUGUUUCCCCCUCCCCUUAGACGUUUUACAUGUGAAUGUAGCAACAAUCAACAGUGUUUUUGGGGGUUUUUUGUCUCUCUUAAGAAAGACUCUGACCAAAGUUAACAGGCUUUUUACUUUGCUAGAACAACAAACUAUUAUAUGUUUACGUAUUGGUUUACAUCAUUAUUUAUGUGCAAAUUGUCAAAUGUAAAUUAAAUAUAAGUGUUCAUUGCUUUACUGAUGCUUCCCUUGUCUUCAAUCUCUCUGCACCAGCUGGGUGCGCAGCCUGGUUGUGGCCCCAACGCUGUGGCCCCUCAGCGCUGGUACACUGAGGGUGAUGGUGUCUUCAGCAAUGCUGUCCCUGCCUUUGUGGGUUCUGAUUUUGCCUCAUUGAAAGGUGCAAACAGUAAUGACAGAGCUGAAUACCCUGGCUUCGUUUUUUACAGGGGUUUCCUCAAUUUCAGCCAGUACCUUUUUUUAGAAAAAAAAAGCCAAGAAUUUUCAGUGUUUCAAUGGAAAUGCUUGAAUGCUAUCUGCCUCAGAGAUACAUGACCAGGGUUCUCAUUUACAUUUUUCCAAAUGAUUGUCAUUUCUGGCCUGAAACCCUAACCACCGGGACCACAAUGACACACUCAAAAUGUCAGUGUGAGACCACUUAGUCCUGCCUCAGCAUGGUGGGAACUGCGUUCAAAACAAACGUGGAUCUGUUGUAAGUGCUCACAGAGGAGAUGUGAACACUGCACUAAAUCCAGGGGAAGG